AUGGAAAUUGUCAAAACAAACAAAGGAGGUAGCAAAAUUUGUUUUAAUGGUCAUAUGUACGUCAUUAAGCAUUUGGGGAAAAAUAAAAUAACAUGGCGUUGUAUGAAAGCGAGUUCUCUCAAGUGUACAGGGACAAUGUACACUGAAUUGCAACAUGAUAAUCCUGUAGAAAAAAAUCCACAUAAUCAUCUACCUGAUAAAGAAGAAAUAAAAGUUACUAAAUGUAUACAAAAAAUGAAGGAUCAAGUAACUUCUUCUAGUAUGAUAAAUCCUGUAGAAAUAUUUACGGAAAAUGUAUCGCAAAUAGAAACAGCAACUAAAGCUAGGAUGCCCACUGAAGACACGUUAAAACGUAUGCUAAGAAGACAACGAUCAAAAAACUGUCCUAUUAAUUCUACUAUGAUCGAAGGUAAUUGGUGCACGACUGGUGAGCCUAAUUUUAAAAGAUUUUUGCUAUACGACAAUGGUUCAAACUCGGAUGAACGUAUUACAAUUUUCGCCACAGAUGACGGCUUAAAAUUGUUAUCAGAAGCUGAAGAAUGGUUCAUGGAUGGCAACUUUGCAUUAUCGCCGACGGAAUUCCAACAACUAUAUGUAAUACGGAUUCAAGUAAAAACAAUAUUUAUUACACCUGUAUUUUGCUUAUUAAAAAGAAAAACCCAGUCUAGUUACGAACAAUUAAUUAAAAUUUUAUUAGAAAAAUGCAAUGAGAGGGAAAUUUAUCUUGAUCCCCUUAUAGUACAUGUGGAUUUCGAAAAGGCUGUGAUUGAAGCAUUAAAAAAUACAAUUGGAAACCAUUGCUUACACAAUACGAUUAUUUUAAUUAUUUAUUAUUUUAUAUUAUAUUUUUAA